AUGACGGACGGUUCCCAGUGGCUGCAAGUUGAAGCGGCGGGCUUACAUGCACUGACUGGGGCUGGAGGUCUCGUGGCGUCCGGUUGGUCGUGGGAUGGUGUCGAGCCGGACGCAUUCCUGGCUCAUUCGCUUCUCCAAAUGCUCCGCUCCGGCUCAAUUUACGGCCGCUGCUUCUGGUACACGACAUAUUUUCGUCGUGCUCACGCCGGCGACGGCGUGGCCCGAAUCUUCGAGACAUUCCACGGAAGCCCAAACCUGGCCUCCAAGUCAUCAAUGGUUGCUAGAUGCUUCAACAUGUCGAGCAGAUGGUCCUUGUUUAGAGAGACGCGACAGAUCCACGCUGGCCUCCCCGCGAGCUGCAAAGUCAAAGUCGGGCACAUCCUAACAACACACACUCUUCCACAAGCUGGUAUAGCCUCUACAACAAUGGCUACUCCCUCUACCCGUCCCGUGGACGGCGAGCCUGCCGACGAUCUGGCCCAGGGUAUCAUCCCCACGGCCAAGCAGUCCCUGCGCGACCUCUUCAUCUGGAAGCAGCGUGUCGUCGUGAGCAAUGCCUACGGCGAGACGCGCUGCGAGUGGCGCCAGCCCGACGAGUUCAUGAACCCCUUUAGCCUCUUCCGCCAGCUCACUGCCAAGGCCUGGCUCUUCUUCAUCGUCGGCUGGCUCGCCUGGGUCGCCGAUGCCUUUGACUUCCACGCCCUCUCCAUCCAGACCGUCAAGCUCGCCAAGUACUAUGGCCGCUCCAAGUCGGACAUUACCGCUGCCAUCACCCUCACCCUGCUCCUGCGAUCCGUCGGCGCCGCCUUCUUUGGUCUGGCCGGUGACAAAUGGGGCCGCAAGUGGCCCAUGGUUCUCAACAUGUUGAUCCUUGGCCUCCUGCAGAUUGCCACCAUCUAUGCCGGGAAGUUCACCCACUUUCUCGCUGUGCGCAGUCUCUUUGGUCUCUUCAUGGGCGGUGUCUACGGCAAUGCCAUUGCCAUGGCUCUUGAGCAGUGCCCUGCCAACGCUCGCGGUCUCAUGUCUGGAAUUCUGCAGCAAGGCUACUCCUUCGGCUACGUCUUGGCGGCCUGCGCCAACCUUGGCGUUGGUGGCGCCGUCGACACCUGGAAAAUUGUCUUUUGGAUCGGAGCGCCGCCACCCGCGCUUGGAAUUGAUGCUGACAUUUUCAUAGCUGGCCUUUCCAUCGCUGUUGGUCUCAUUCGCAUGGCCUUCCCCGAGUCGCAGCAAUUUAUCGAGGCCAAGAAGCUGGGCAAGCAGUCUGCUACGCCUGGCGCGUUUUGGCGCGAGACCAAGCUGAUGAUUGGCAAGGAGUGGAAGAUGUGCAUCUACUGCAUCUUCCUCAUGACCUGGUUCAACUUCUACUCGCACACAUCGCAGGACUCGUAUACUACCUUUAUGCUGACCCAGAAGGAGCUCACCAACCAGGGUGCCUCGCGCGCCUCCAUCAUGAUGAAGGUUGGCGCCUGUGUUGGCGGCACCAUCAUCGGCUACGCGAGCCAGUUCCUCGGCCGUCGCCGCACCAUCAUCGGCUCCGCCCUCAUGUCUGCCCUCCUCAUUCCCGCCUGGAUUCUCCCCCGUGGCGAGUCUUCUCUCAGCGCGAGCGGCUUCUUCAUGCAGUUCUUCGUCCAGGGUGCCUGGGGCGUCAUCCCCAUCCACCUCAACGAGCUGUCGCCCCCUGCCUACCGCUCCACCUUCCCCGGCGUCACGUACCAGAUUGGCAACAUGAUUUCGUCCCCCUCUGCCCAGAUUGUCAAUGCCAUUGCCGAGAAGACCUUCAUCACCCUCAAGAGCGGCCACAAGGUCGAGGCCUACGGUCCCGUCAUGGGAAUCGCCACGGCCAUCAUCGCCCUCGGCAUCGUCUUCACCACCAUGUUCGGUCCCGAGCGUCGCGGCCGUUCCUUUGAAAACGCCGUCGCCGGUGUAGAGACGUCUGCAUCGGAGAAGCUGAGCGCCGACGACGCCGACGAGGAAAAGGCCACAGUUGUGCUGGCUGAGGAGAAGAAGUAG